CUCCUACAGAUGUUGAAAAGAGCCGAAUAAGUCUACCUGGAGAGUCAUUUCUAUUAUCCCCUACGAUAGCGGUUUCUGGGUUGCAUUAUUCAUACAAUAGACAUUCCAUCUUGACCAGAUUUUAAGUUGAGCAUUAAAGAUGGGCUCGGCGGAGCAAGGGUGCGAGGCUCUCAGAGACGGCCGGACAUGGCGCAACUACUUCCCUAAAGGCGACCUUUGGGUGUUCGGAUACGGGAGUCUGAUUUGGAAGCCACCGCCGCAUUACGACCAGCGCGUCCCCGGCUACAUUAAUGGCUAUGUACGGCGUUUCUGGCAGGCUAGUAACGACCACCGUGGCACACCCGAGAACCCUGGACGAGUUGUGACAGUGAUCGAACGGGACUUCUGGGAAACACUGGAUGAUCCGCUGGCGCACCUUGAAAGCUCAUCGACUGCCACUGUCUGGGGUGCUGCAUACCAUAUCCCUGCUUCCCAUGCUGAGGAGGUGCAUGAUUACCUUGACAUCCGAGAAAUCAAUGGUUACACCGUUCACUACACACCUUUUCACCCUGUCGAUACCUCUAAGGAGCCGAACGCAGAGGAAUCUACACCGUCUCCGAUCGUGUGUAUGGUCUAUAUCGGCCAACCGACCAACCCUCAAUUUCUUCGCGACCUGGCCCAACGAGACCAACAAGCCGUGGCCGAGGUGAUCAGUCGCAGUCAGGGAAAUAGCGGUAAGAAUACCGAGUACCUGUACCUUUUAGAAAAGUCGCUCGACGGACUCGGGCUGGGAAGUGCCGAUGUGCACGUCACGGAUCUGGUGCGACGGGUCAAGGCCCUCGAAGGUGUGGAGGCGGCGGCGGCAGAAGAGGCCAAGGCGGAACGUGAUAUAGAAGAGGCUCUUCAUCAUUCCGCUGUAGGUUCCCAAUGACGAGAUCCACCUGGCAAUUGGGUGUGUCGCUGGAGUUACUGCUCCAAUCGUCUCACCUUUGGAUGUCCUUUCAGGUGCCCCUGGUCUCUUUGAA